AUUGAAUCCGUAUUCCCCAACCAGUUGUUAUGGAUGAAGGUCCAGAGAGUGGUUAGCGCUUGUUGCUUUUUGCAGUGCAGAAUGUUGGUUCACUCGCUUUAAUCGUGAUGAUGGACUAAUAAACGCGCGCCGCUACGAAUAAUACGUUUUGGAGUGUCCGACACCAUUGCGCUUGGCUUGGAUACCGUGCAACACAAUAGCUUAAGGUCGUUCCUGCGUUUUGUAAAGGGUUGUAUUUGUGAACAUUUAAAGUUCUAUGGUGGAAUUUCUCCAAACGUGUAUGUGUAUUGUGAGAGUGAUUUGUCAGCGCGAGGAUUUACGUUUGGAAGUUUGCAAGACAUGAACAAGAAGACAAUAUGUUAUUUUUAUUGUAAAAGUUGAGUAGCAGUAAAAAAAAAACUAAACAAUUUAUAACAGGCGUCUCUACUUUGGAAACUAGCACUGUUCUUCAUAUAAACAAUUAGGCAUUCCAGGACUGUGGAAAUGUCCAGCGAUUUGAAACCUCGGCUUUGUUUUAUGUUAAAGGGGGAGAGUGGGUAUGGGUUUCACUUGCACGGCGAGAAAGGAAAGAGUGGACAGUACAUACGAAAAGUUGAGCCCGCGUCGCCCGCUGAGGCUUCGGGGCUGCACGCUGGAGACCGUGUCAUUGAGGUGAACGGUGAAAAUGUGGAAAGAGAAACGCACCACCAAGUGGUGCAGCGCAUCAAGGCGCUGGAGCAGGAGACCAGAUUGCUAGUGGUGGACCGGGAGACGGACGAGUACAUGCGCAGCCUCCGCCUCACCUGCACGGAGGAUAUGGCCCGGCGCGUGACCGCCGAGCCCCCCCCCUCCUCCUCCUCCUCCACCCCUCCAUCCCCCUCCUCCCCUGUCCCGGCCACCCGCUCCUCCGCCCCCUCCUCGCCCCCGGCCACGCCCGCCAAGCGGGAGAACGGUUCGGUGUCCAAGCUGCCCCUGGGCCUGAGCAGUGAGAUGCCCAAGCCCACCCGCAGGUCGCCGUCGCGGGCUGCCAAGAAGGAGGCCCUGGCUCACAUGCAGGCCGAGGCGGAAGCCAAGGCCAAGGCACGUCCCCCGGUCGACCCCUCGGAGCUGUUCCCCCGGCUGUGCCACCUGGUGCGGGCGGAGACGGGCUACGGCUUCAACCUGCACAGCGAAAGGUCCCGGCCCGGCCAGUACAUCCGCUCCCUGGACCGUGGCUCGCCGGCCGACCUCGCCGGGCUCCAACCUCAGGACCGACUGGUGGAGGUGAAUGGGGUGAACAUAGAGGGCAUGCGCCAUGGCGAGGUGGUGGCCUUCAUCAAGAGCGGAGGAGAUGAGACCAGGCUGCUGGUAGUGGACCCCGACACAGAUGACCACUUCAAGAGGAUGGGCGUCAUCCCCAACGUCAGCCAUGUCAGAGACUACUCCGGUCCGUCCAUAACCAACGGCUCCUCGCCCAGCCCUCAGAUAAACGGCAGCUCUUCCACCCAGUCCAUCAAGUCCACACACUCAGACCUGAGCAGCCAGGGCAACAGCACACAGCUGUGUGAGGAUGAGCCGGGCCACCUGCUGGACCCGUUCGCAGAGCUGGGCCUGCGUCUGAGUCCCACGGCGGCCGAGGCCAAGGAGAAGGCCCACGCCAAGCGGGCCAGGAAGAGGGCACCACAGAUGGACUGGAGCAAAAAACACGAGCUCUUCAGCAACUUCUGAAGUCUCAGCGCCGCCGACCCCCAACGACCCACGUCUUUUUACACGCAUGCACACGCCCACACACAACCCUCAUUGCUAACAUGAUGGCACGGAGAGAGACUUGGAAGGAUGUGCUUCUCAUUGGUACUGGGGUUAGCCGGAAUUCCAGCUCUUUGUCAAAGGACAGGGUCAAUGGGGAAAGUGGAUAUAAGCUUUGUGUCAACUUUUGAGAGCCUUUUAGUAUUCCUUCUCUUCCAACACAGAGUCCUAUGUAGACUUAAAUGCAGGGCUGGAAGAAAGAGAUGCAAGUUUGGAUCAAGCUCUGGAAGCAUUUAUCCACCUGUUUAACUUUUUCACCCUUCAACCACUAGACCGUAACCCUAACCGCUCAAGACUUUGGCUUUGGACAGACAAGGCAGUUAUUUUUGUAUUUAAAGGUAUAAAAUAACCAUUUAGAUGAAGUAUUACCCCACUGACAGAACAUGGACGUGUGUUUUAGAGGAGAAAGAACACUGUGACUUUGAUGAUCAUGGACAUUUUGAGGGAAGUUUAUCUUCUUUGUGUUAUUUUAUAUGAACACCUUCAAACGGAAGACCCCACCCUCCCCUCAUUGUUGCUUUCUGUAGUGUUCUAUGUUGUUGUUAUUGUGACAUGAUCUCAGACUGCAAGUGUUGACUCAUCAGAAAGAAGCACAAACUGAAGCGGAAUAGAUUUGUUUUUGCUAAUCAUUGUUACGUUUUGUCGUCAUUUAAUUUGUAUCUCAACAUAUUCUAUAUUUUUGUAUGAGCUAAGAAGCUUUAAACCAUCUCAUCACCUGGAUAUGCCUUUUAACUCAACUAUCAAAGUCAGAAAGCCACUACUGUCAGCUGAAACAAACCCUUAUUUCUCUCAAGUCCAUUAAAGGGAAUGGCCACUCACGUAAUGCAUCACUGGGGUCGUCUCCAUGAGUCUCAUAAAUGUUGCCCAGCCCAAUCUAUUUCAAAUUGUUUUUAUUUUUUUGCAUUCAUUAUAGUAAUUUUGCACCUCAAAAAAGCCCAGAAUUGUCUGUCAUCCAAUCAAAGAAAACCACCCCAAGUCAGAAGUAGAGACUGGACCGCUUCAUUGAGAAGGCAGGAGAGAUGUUGGACAGUGAAAAGAUGAACGCUGUCACCCCCAGGGGGCGCUCUUUAUCCACUCUGUACUGACUCCCCAGACUACCAGCAGUUUUAAGAUAGACAAGAAAGAAUUUGUGUCGAGUAGUAGGGAUCAUCAAGGAAUAAUUUAACCCCAGUGCAGUUUUUUAUUCUGGACAAUGGAUCUUAUAGAAAAGUUCAUGAAAAAUAAAUAACCUGAAAGGAGAAUGCGAGUGAUACGUGAGCGAACCAGUCCAUGACAACACUGUUGGUACCCUAAUGGAUGAAGAAUGUGGAAGUGGAAAAGAUGGUUAACAUGUAGUGUUAAUGUGAUGUUUAGCAUUGCUAUGAGUAAUAUAAUGCUGUUGCUACAUGUGACAUUUAACUGUUUGUAUUGGAAGCGUUUCUAGGUGGGUUGGAGACACAUGAAUGACCUCGUGCCUAGGUUGAGUAAAGUAAACAAUGUUUAGAGAAAUAACAACCCACCACUAUAUAUUAAAAAAAAAAAUAUGGCUGGAGAGCAGAAGAGGGUGGUGGAGCAGGUCAGUCGUGAACAGAAAGUGAGUAUACUGAAUGUCUGUGAAAAGUAUAUAUCCUUCGUAUAGCCUUGAAGUCACUGUGGCUACUGUGGCUGUGGGAGUGAGGAGGCAGAUGACUCGGAUCUGGGAUAGAGGGGGUAGAAGAGGCCUGGAGGUCAGAGAGAGAUGGUGUGCGUGUGUGGGUGUGUGUGCGUGUGUGUGUGUGUGUGUGUGUGUGUGUGUGUGUGUGUGUGUGUGUGUGUGUGUGUGUGUGUAAAAAUGAAUGAGACCAGGGGAGCCACAGAGCUUAAUUGGGAUUAGGGGAAGCAUUGGGACAGCUGUUAUACACACAGACACAUCCCGGAACAUGCCACCAUCAAACCCUGGAAGGGGGUCAGGGGUUGCCUUUAGAGGGGACCGCCCUGACCCCUGACUGCUGGGUGGGUGGUACGGCCCGUUAUGCAAGCUAUGCCAGUCCCUGGUUCUGAUAGGUUGAAGGAACCGGGCUGGGUCCGCUGUGCUAUGUGGCGCCAACGACACACUUAUAGGACAGGGAGAGAAUAUCUGUUAACAUUUAUAGCACAGUAAUCUGAGUUAUGUCUAUCUUUACUAUUACUCCUAAUAGUACUGCACAUUGUUUUUAUGUACUCUUGUCAAUGUUUAGAGGUCUAGCAUUCUCAGCUUUGCAGUAGGUUGUGUUACUAUUGCAUACGAUGAUGGCUGUUGACCUUGAGGUGAAUGGAAUGUAAGGAAUGAUGUGUAUAUAUGACAGGAUAUAUGCGUCGGGUUGCAUUUUCUUUCCAAUAAAGUGUGACAAUCUCAUUCUUGAACAUAUAAUAUGA